AUGGCACCAGCGGAAUCUUUGAGGAUACAAGAAGUCCAAAACUUGGCAAAGACAGAUCCAAGAAAGGCAGAGGCACAAUAUAAGGAAAUCAUCUCCAAACCACCUUCAGUAACCUCGGAAGCGUCUGUUCGAGAAUAUGAAACUGCAUUGGUUAGCUUAGGAGAGUUGUAUCGAGAUGAGAAGAAGGCGGAUGAGCUGGUAGAUCUGAUCACAACAAGCCGGACAGUAUUAUCAUCGUUCGCAAAAGCCAAAACAGCAAAGUUAGUACGACAACUUCUAGAUCUAUUCAAUGCCAUCCCCAACACAACAGAUACCCAAAUUACCGUCACAAAAUCAUGCAUCGAAUGGGCCACAUCCGAACGUCGUGGUUUCCUAAGACAGAACCUUGAAACCCGUCUUGUCAGCCUUUACAUGACCAAACAAUCUUACUACGAUGCUCUCACCCUCAUCAACAGUCUCCUUCGCGAGCUCAAGCGUCUCGAUGAUAAGCUCGUUCUCGUCGAAGUCCAACUCCUCGAAUCUCGCGUUUACCAUGCCUUAGGAAACACAGCCAAAGGUCGCGCCGCUCUCACUGCUGCAAGAACAAGUGCUGCAUCCGUGUACACUCCUCCUUUACUCCAAGCUGGCCUCGACAUGCAAUCUGGCAAACUUCACGCCGAAGACAAGGAUUUCAAUACUGCGUUCUCUUACUUCAUCGAAGCGUUAGAUGGAUACCAUACACAAGACGAACCGGAGAAGGCUACCGCUGCUCUUCAAUAUAUGCUUCUCUGCAAAAUUAUGCUCAACCUUGCCGACGAUGUCAAUCAGCUCAUGACUUCCAAACAAGCCAUCAAAUAUGCAGGCAAGAAUCUUGAAGCCAUGAAAGCCGUCGCUCGCGCACACUCCAACCGUUCUCUGGAAGAAUACGAAAAAGCACUGGGCGAUUACCGCCACGAACUUGGCUCCGAUGCCUUCAUCCGCAACCAUCUCCGUCGUCUCUAUGAUGCCAUGUUGGAACAAAAUCUCAUCAAAGUAAUUGAACCCUUUUCCCGCGUUGAAAUCGCCCACAUUGCGAAGAUGGUUGGUCUUGAUACACAACAGGUAGAGAGAAAAUUAUCACAGAUGAUUCUCGAUAAAGUUAUCAUUGGAGUAUUGGAUCAAGGGGCUGGGUGUUUGAUUAUUUACGAUGAGACGGAAAGAGAUGUAGGAUAUGAUGCUGCGUUAGCAACAAUCGAGAAGUUGAGUAGUGUGGUUGAUGUGCUUUAUACCAAUCAAGCGAGUAUGCUGGAGUAG